UAUAGUUAGUUUCACACUCAUCAGCUCUGUUUCUAAAUCUACUUUCACACACUAAAUCGCCAUUGUUGCUGCACUUCCACCACUCUGAUUCAUUUCGAUUGAGCUUUCUCUCUUUUUCUUGCUAUGGCUCGUCGGUCUGGAGAUUGCAUGCGAUGUCUGGUGAUCUUCGCGGUGGUAUCUGCUUUAGUAGUGUGUGGACCAGCUCUUUAUUGGAGAUUCAACAAAGGCUUCGUUGGAUCAUCCACUCGUAAGAGCUCUGUUUGUCCUCCUUGCGUCUGUGACUGCCCACCUCCUGUCUCUCUCCUCGAGAUCGCUCCUGGGCUUGCGAAUCUCACUGUUACAGAUUGUGGAGGCGAUGAUCCGGAGCUCAAGCAGGAAAUGGAGAAGCAGUUUGUGGACCUUCUGACCGAGGAGCUGAAGCUGCAAGAAGCAGUUGCUGAUGAGCAUAGCCGUCAUAUGAACGUUACACUCUUAGAAGCUAAGAGAGUUGCGUCUCAGUACCAAAAGGAAGCUGAGAAAUGCAACGCCGCCACUGAGAUCUGUGAGUCAGCUAGGGAGAGAGCUGAAGCUUUGUUGAUCAAGGAGAGGAAGAUCACUGCUUUGUGGGAGAAGAGAGCUCGUCAAUCAGGUUGGGAAGGUGAGUAAAAAACUGAUUGUCCGUUCUCAUGACAAACCCUGAAGUGUUUUUGUCUGAGAAACCGAAUUUUUUCAAGGAAAAGUCCUUUAUGUUCCACGUUUCUCCAUAUAUGUAGUCUUUUGUUUUUGCCUUUGGAAUCGUAAUGUAGCUAAAGAAUGGCUUUGGCCUUGUAUUGACUUCUCUUCAAAUAUAUAAUUGUUCAUUUCUCUACCA